AUGACAACAGUGGCCCCUGCGAAGGUCCUGAAACACAGAGCAUCGAAGGCGUGUGAGCGCUGUCGCACUCGAAAAGUCCGCUGUGACAUUGUUCUGCGAAAGGGCAGAUGCACGAAUUGUACCCUGGAUGAUCUAGACUGUGUUGAGUCGGGUCCAAGGCGGCGGCGAGGCACUGGUCGUGGCUCCAGGACAAAAUCGGUUACGACCAAUCCAACCAAUCCUUCUGUGAACGAUUCGGCCAGCUGGAGCCCAGUCCACGACGUGCCGAGUGUGCUAGCGACAAAUAUUCAAAUGAGCGAGGAUGUCCUUGGACCUGCGACUGCCAACGAAGCCCCAUCCUUGUCGACGACUAGCCCUGAAGAUGGCCAUCCUGUCCCUGAUUCAAACGAAGACCUCUUUCCCGAUUUCACUGGCGAUUUACUCAACAAGGGUCUUGAAGUACCACUGUGUGAAUGUAGAGAGAGGAGAAAGCAUUCCAACCAAGACGACGACGCUUUCAAAGACCUUCAGAGCUUGCUACCUGCAUUUGCCUCUCCGACGCGCUCGCAACGGACGUACAGGUACGCGGAAUUCCUACAGAAGCAGAAAGCUUUCGAGAUCCCUCCACCGAGACUGCUACAGGCGCUGUUAAUUCGCUAUGUCGAAUUCGUUCACCCUCAUCUCCCCCUUGUUGAUCUCCAUCCUGUUCUCCAAGCAGUGGCGACCGGCGGGAAAGAGGGUACAGUGAGUCUGAUGCUGUUUCAGGCCAUGUUAUUGGCGGCGUCGCCAUACGUCGAUGCACAGUACGUGAUGGAGGCUGGUUAUCCUAACCGCAUGGCACUGCGAAGAGAGCUAGCAGAGCGUGCGAGGCUCCUUUACGACUUCGACUGCGAGGCAGACCGAUUGGUGAUCGUCCAAGCAUUGAUCCUCAUGACAAGUUGGCAAGAACGGGGCGACGAGGUAAAACAUUUACGCCACUGGAUAUCUAUUGCCUACAACAUCGCUUGCCUGCUAGGCCUCAACAAAGAGGUCCCAGAUUCGUUGAAUCUUCCUCCCAAGCACCGGUCCCUUCGGAAACGAAUAUGGUGGUCUCUGUACAUGCGCGAUCGAACUCUCUCUUUGGGACUUCGACAAUGGCCAAUAAUUGCAGCCGAAGUCUGUGAAAUAUCGCAACCAGUUGUUGAAGACUUUGACAUUCACCCUGCUUCAGACAAAAUCUGCGAGCUGCUCCAGAACUGUGCACUUCUGCGAGACCUAGAUCAACAGGUUCGGCUGGCUGAAGUAUUCCGGGCACAGUUGGAACUCAGUCAUCAUACACAGGAGGUUUUCAAGGCGAGAUAUACGGUAGUGACGCCAAAAUUGGGGAGCACUCAUAUGAUUGCCCUUGUUUUGGUGCCUAAACCUUUGAUCACGACUCUACAUUCCGUGGAGACGUGCUCGGAAGUCCUUGACAAAUGGAUCAAAAAACUGCCGGAGAAGUUGAGGUUUCGAACGCCCCUAUCGCUACACUUCGACCCCGGAGAGGACGUCCUGGUGCUUCACUGCGGCAUUUUGAAUCUCUUUUAUUAUGCGCUGGUGUGUGCAUUACACCGGCCAUACCCUCUACCAGCCCAGCGGGAGUUGGCCCCAUCAGAGAAGAUCUCCCAACGUAGAGCCCGACACGCUGCAAAUGCGAUAUUCUCAAUAUUGGAGGAGUUUCAGAGCCUUGAUACUGUCUGCUUCUUGCCCACGCAAGGAAUAACAUUCAUGCUUCAAGGGACGGUGACGGCUCUCUGCGAUACAACAUCAGACAACGAGCAAAUGCGAACUCAAAGUUGUCGUCGCCUCCAGACGUGUCUCGAAAUAUUGACUAGCAUAAGAGACAUGCAUUCCUACGCUGCCUAUGCAACCAAUUUUCUCACAGCUGCUGCAACAAGACUAGAUCGACAGUCUCAAUCUCUCGAGUAUGGAGGAAGUCAGAGGGAACCCCGGCCUACAACCCCAGCAUCAUCUCAGCGACCGGUUUCUGUUCUAGCUCCUCCAUUACCUUUUCUUGGUACGCACGUCGGACACAACGAUUGGACUGCAACGACAGACUCAACCGCCGUAUCUUCCUUUGAGCAGACAAAUGACACGCAGGCAGGGCUCCAGGCGCUUUUGUGGUACUCGGAACCGCCUGAUCCUGGAUUCGACUGUGAAACAGCUGAUUUUGCCUCUAGUUGGGAGCCUUUUGCGGGUCUUCUCUGA